AUGGGGACGGAGGUAGUGGAGCCGGCCGGGCUGGAACCGGCCGGGCUGGAGACGGCGGUAGUGGAGCCGGCCGGGCUGGGGACGGGGACAGAGGGGAUAGAACCGGCGGGAACUGGGACAGAGGAGAUAGAGCCGGCCGGGCUGGAACCGGUCGCGCUGGGGACGGCGGGGAUAGAACCGGCGGGGAUGGGGAUGGCGGGGAUAGAACCGGCGGGGAUGGGGACGGCGGGGAUAGAACCGGCGCGGAUGGGGACGGCGGGGAUAGAACCGGCGCAGAUGGAGCCGGCCGGGCUGGAACCGGCACAGAUGGAACAGGCCCGCGAGGCGGAGGAGCCCCCGGGGUCCCCGGCCCUGCCCACUGAGGCCUCGCAGGACGGCCCGCCAGCCGCGGCGCCCCCGGGGCAAGGGGCGCUGCCCGCCGCUCCCGACCGGGAACGGGAGCGGGUCCGGCGCAGGGCCGGAGCGCAGGGCUCGGCCGGGCGGGCGGCACGGGGCAGGGCCCGGCGGGCCCCGGGCCGCCGCAGCGGGGGCGAGAACGAUCGGCGGCCCGAGGUCACGGUGGACUCCUCCAAGGCUAAGACCUCUCUGGAGGCCCUGAAAAUCAGCCUGCGGCAGCUCCGCUGGAAGGAGUUUCCGUUCGGCCGCCGCUUGCCGUGUGACAUCUACUGGCACGGGGUGUCAUUCCAUGACAACAACAUCUUCUCAGGGCAAGUCAACAAGUUUCCAGGCAUGAUGGAGACAGUUCGGAAAAUUACUCUGAGUCGGGCCAUGAGAAGAAUGCAAGAUCUGUUUCCUCUGGAAUACAGCUUCUACCCUAGAUCCUGGAUUCUGCCAGAAGAACUGUCCCUCUUUGUGGCUGAGGUUCGUAUGAUAAAGGACAGCAAUCCAUCCUGGAAGCCCACGUUUAUUGUAAAGCCUGAUGGAGGCUGCCAGGGGGAUGGAAUCUACCUCAUCAAAGACCCAAGUGACAUCAGACUGACAGGGAGCAGCCAGAGCCGACCAGCUGUGGUCCAGGAAUACAUCUGCAAACCACUGCUCAUGGACAAACUGAAAUUUGAUAUUCGUCUCUAUGUCCUGCUGAAAAGCUUAGAACCCUUAGAGAUUUAUAUAGCCAAAGAUGGACUUUCUAGGUUUUGUACAGAGCCCUAUCAAGAACCCACUCUCAAAAAUUUGCACCAGGUUUUUAUGCACUUAACCAACUAUUCACUAAAUAUCCAUAGUGAGAAUUUCAUCCAUUCUGACAGUGUAAACACUGGCAGCAAGAGGACUUUUUCAAGCAUUCUGUGCAGACUGUCUUCCAGAGGAGCUGAUGUCAAAAAGCUCUGGUCAGAUAUAAUUUCAUUGGUGAUUAAAACAAUUAUUGCACUGACACCAGAACUGAAAGUUUACUAUCAGUCUGACAUACCAGCAGGAAAGCCUGGGCCAACUUGCUUCCAGAUUUUAGGGUUUGACAUUCUCCUGUUGAAAAACUUGAAGCCUGUGUUAUUGGAAGUAAAUGCAAACCCCAGCAUGAGAAUAGAACACGAGCAAGAGCUUUCUCCUGGAGUAUUUGAAAAUGUCCCAAGCCCUGUUGAUGAAGAAGUGAAAGUUGCUGUCAUCAGAGACACUCUGAGGCUGGUGGACCCUCAGAAAAAGAAGAGGAAAGACACUCAGUGCCAGAGCUCGGAGCAGGCACCGGGGCCGAGCCAGGAGCUGCCGGAUGCUGCCCCCAGCCCCGAGGCUGCUCUGCCCUCGCUGUGCCUCAAGCAGGUGUUCCCCAAGUACGCCAAGCAAUUCAACUACCUGCGCCUCGUGGACAGGGUGGCCGCGCUCUUCAUCCGCUUCCUCGGGGUCAAAGGGACCACCAAGCUGGGGCCAACGGGAUUCCGCACCUUCAUAAGAAACUGCAAACUGAGUAACAGCAAUUUUUCAAUGGCUGCUGUAGAUAUCCUAUAUAUUGAUAUCACAAGGAGGUGGAACAGCAUGGGCAUUGACCACAAGGAAUCAGGUAACCCAGGAAUGUGUCUGCAAGCCUUUGUGGAAGCCUUCUUCUGCCUGGCCCAGAAGAAAUACAAGGCGCGGCCGCUGUACGAGCAGGUGGCGUUGCUGGUCAAUCAGUGCGAGUGCCGCCUGGCUGACCUGCAGGGCAAGCGCCUGCUCUGGGGCUGUGGCCUGGGCGAGCGCCAGGGGGCCCUGCCAGCCACGGCCACCGCACCCAGCUCCCCUCGGCCCCACGGCCGCCAAGUGUUCAGACUGCAGAAGCCAUCACAGCUACGGGCACUCAUGUGCCGGGACAGAACUGGGAGUUAA